UCUAAAAACAAUGGUAUUUUGGCCCAUGGGUGUUGCCCUUAUACUUUCUUUUUUCCCAAGAAUUAUAUAUUAUUUUCAUUAAAAAUAAAAAAAAUUAAUUAUUUUGCCAAACAACGACCACACCGUGUUACUUCCUUGCACCAGAAUCUGAUUCAACUUUUUCUUCCAAUUUUCUCGAGAAAAUCCAUGGUUGAAAUUCUUCAACUGGAAUAAACCGAAAUCGAUGAGACCAAUUAAACUUCCAGAACCGCCAAGCCCUAACUCCCAUAGAGGCACACCUGACAUCUUUGAAUCUGGAGUUCAUACUUUCGUCCGACGCGCUGUUGUUAUCGGAAACGGUUUCGCCGCUUCAGAGAAUCAGAGUAUUGGAUUGGUUCGCGCUCUUGGAUUCUCUGAUAACUAUUUCUUAUAUCGGGUUACCAGGCCUAAAGGGGGAGUUAAUGAAUGGCUUCAUUGGCUUCCAGUCUCGCUCCAUAAGAAAAUAUAUUAUAUAGUAACAACGGUUCGCGAUUAUUCUCAGAUACUGUUGAAAUCUCAACAGAAGAAGCUUGUGCCAUCAGUAAAUGGUGAGCGUGCAGGCUUGUUGGGUGUCUUAGAAGCUGAUGCAAAGCAGAUAGUGAAUUUUGCUCAAGAAACUUAUGAGAAGGAGGGACCUUUGUUGGUGGUUGCAUGUGGAAGAGAUACCAUUUCUACUGCAAGUUCCAUAAAAAGUUUAGCAUCUGAGAAUGUUUUUGUCGUUCAGAUACAACAUCCAAGAUUGCAUUUGAAUAGGUUUGACAUGGUGAUUACACCUAAGCAUGACUAUUAUCCUCUGACUCCACAAGGACAGGAACAAGUUCCUCGGCUUCUUCGAAGUUGGAUAACUCCGCGUGAUCCUCCAGAUAGUCAUGUGAUUCUCACGACUGGAGCCCUACAUCAAAUAGAUUUCACUUCAAUACGCAGUGCUGCUGCCACGUGGCAUGAUGAAUUUGCAAGUGUCAGCAGGCCCCUGCUAGUUGUCAACAUUGGAGGACCAACAAGUAAUUGUCGAUACGGUGGAGACCUUGCAAAGCAGUUGGUAGCCUCUUUGCUCAGUGUUCUUGCUAGUUGUGGGAGUGUUAGAAUAUCCUUUACAGAGAAGACUCCUCAAAAAGUGGCCAAAAUUAUAGUGAAAGAACUUGGAAAUAAUCCAAAAGUUUAUAUUUGGGAUGGGCAAGGACGUAACCCGCACAUGGGCCAUCUAGCUUGGGCUGAUGCAUUUGUUGUGACAGCAGAUUCAGUUAGUAUGAUAAGUGAAGCUUGCAGCACCGGGAAGCCCGUUUACGUUGUGGGGGCUGAGCGUUGCAAAUGGAAGUACACAGAAUUUCACAGAUCAUUGACAGACCUGGGAGUUGUUCGGUCUUUUACAGGUUCUGAGGAUAUUUCAGAGAGUUGGAGCUAUCCGCCACUUAACGAUACUGCUGAUGCAGCUAAACGAAUUCGUGAAGCACUUGCUGCCAGAGGGUGGAAGCUAAAGAUAUAAAAUGCAAUACGAAGUUGAUACUAUACUUUUUAUCGAAUUUAUUUUUUAACUAAAGGGGGUUACCAUUCAUUGUUUAAACAUAUUACCAAGCAAAAACAAGUAGGAAAUGCAGAUGAUAUUUCUGCAAUCUUUUUCACCAUAGCAAAUUUUGAAGAUGUAUGUAUGUUUGUGUAAUAUAAGGUGAACCGCGUGAUUUUGGCGUUUGAAAGAAUGAGGUAAAUAAACAAUAUACAUGUUGAGAAAUUUUCUUUGUAUUUUAAUUUGAUAUUAUCUAUGGCAAUUUAAUGUCAUUCA